AUGCCUACCUUGUAUCCUGGUGGGUUGACAGCCCCCCUCAGUGUUAUCCUCGCUGCUGAAGCCACUGCCACUACCACGGACGCCGAAAUCAAGGCUACUGCGACCCCGCCGGCGACUGUCGGCAGUAACAAGAUAUCAUCUACUAAGGCACUGGAUUCUUCUACGGCUUCAGCACCCCCCACCGCUGCUUCUGGAGACAUCGUCUCUGAUUCCAGUGCUUCCUUGACCGAGGAGGUAUCGGUGACAAGGACUACCACAACCAUCACCGUAACACCUACAGUCUUUGAUGUUACUUCGGCCUCUGAAUCUACCUUAUUCUCUGAAUCUACUUCGGUCUCUGAAUCUGAAUCUACCUCGGCAUCGGAUACUGCUUCGACUUCUGAUACUUCUUCGGCCCCCGAUGCUGCUUCGACAUCCAAUAAUACUUCGGCCUUUGGUACCACUGCGGGAUUUGGUACAACUUCAGGUUUAAAAAACACCUCAAGAACCACUGCUUCCACCAUUGAAGAUUCAGAUUCAGACCUGGACCGUCGCGAUGAAACUAUCGACAAGACCGAAGAACAAACUGACGAGGAUGAAACCCUGGCAAUAAAAACUCAGCAGGCAAUCCGCAAGCUAAGGGAGGCGUACGAACUGCAGGAGCUGUUCAACAUGGCCGUACUCAAGUGGGGAAGAUCUCAGGAGGAACAGGAGAGACAGAGAAAGGAUUUGAAAAAGGCUGAAAAGGAAAUCGAACGCAGAGUAAAAGCGGCUGUUGAUUUUGCCAAAGAGGUCCAGGCAGAUACCGAGGCAUUUGAAAAAGAGUAUGAGGAGGAAGAGAUAGGGGAGGAGAAGAAGAACAGGAUCAACAAGCGCGAUAAACCUAACGAUUGCGGUUGUGGAAACAAGAACGGGAAACGCGACAAAGUCAAUGAUUGCGGAUGCGGAAAAAAGAACGAGAAACGCCAGGACCGUAUCAAUCCGAAUCUAGAGCAUGAAAAGCACGAAGACGAGCUCUACGCUGGUAUCGGAGACCAACUGGAGGAGGGUCUCGUGAAGGAUGAAGAUCGGACUGGUUCGAAGUAUGAGAAGCCCGUCUACUUGAUCACCAAGCAAUUCAAGGUGUACAAGUGUGAGAAGCUCAAUGGAUGCGAACUCUACGAUGUCCGCCAGGUUGACGACGAAGGACCCGGUGGCAAUUGGAACACUUACGAGGACUUGAAGAAGUACAAGGAAAGGUUGUCCAAGGCAAAGGAGGAUUACAAGGAGGAUUUCGAGAAGAAUAUCAAGGAGAAGAUGAAGAAGGCCAAAGCAGGAGAGAAAACAGUAACGUCUAUCUUUGAGAUCGAGAAUCCUGAGAGGGAGUCAGAGAAGGAGCCUGAAAAGGAGGUGAAGGAAGAGAAAGAGGUAGAGGAGAAAGGAGAUGAACAGGAACAAGCCCACACGGAAAGUCCUCUGCUCGCUGGUGGAGAUGAAGCCAAGCAAUAUGAGCGCAUCUCAAUGCUCUACAUGCAAUACCGAGGCAUGCUUGUCGAACCUAUCCAGAGAGAUCUCGACCCUAUUCUCAGGAACUCCAAGUACGAGGAAGACAAGGAGAUGGCGUCUCAGUACCAGGAGGGUAACGAGAAGGAGCAACGACAGAGACUGAGCAGGCUCUACAUGGACUAUCGCUACAUGCUUAUCCCCAAGUGGCAGAAGUUGCUUGAUCCUAUUCUCUGGGCAGAUAAUUAG